AUGGAAGGACAUGUAGUAGAUGAUCACAAUAGCUCGUCGGAACAUGUGGAAGUGCCCAAGAGACGCGAGAAAACUUAUCCAGAAAUUGAGAACCGCAAGAGGAAAAAGAUGCCCAAGGUCAGGACGGGCUGUAAGACAUGCCGAAUACGACGAAUAAAGUGUGACGAGGGGAAGCCAAUCUGCUUAAAGUGCCAGAAAUUCGGCGUAGAAUGUGACGGUUAUGUAGAGAUUGAGCCACCUCGUCCACGUCAAGUCAUUAAGCCACUUCAGCCCACGCGUCACACUCGUUUUAUCAUUGAUCGACUUCCAAACAUGAGUCCCCAUAGGAAUGAGCAGGAAUAUCGCUAUCUACGAUAUUUUCGAGAGGAAACAGCCAAAGACCUAAGUGGGCUGUUUGAAGACAGACUAUGGCUACGCAUCAUUCCACAGGCAUGCUACGAAGAGGUGGUUCUGCGAGAUCUCACCAUAUCCAUUUCGGCUUUGAUCAUAGCCAACAAUUCUUCAGUAGAAGGUGCACCACAUCGAGAGUACGCCUACAAACGUUACUCGAGCUCUGUUUGUCGGAUUCGGGAUGAAUUGGACACCAGGCACGAACGUGAUGCAAUUCGAAUCGCUCUGAUCUCGUCCAUACUGAUAUUUUGCUUUGAGAGUUUUCAAGGCGAUCAUGAAUUGGCAAUCAAGCAUAUGGAAUCCUCGCUUAAGCUGAUGCGAAAGCGAUUCCUAACUGGCAAGCACACAUUUUCUGUCAUUCGGCCACAGUCAGGUUUACCACAUAUGGAGCACGAUCUGUUAUCUGUGUGCGUUCGCAUGGACAAUAGUCUGACAUCGAGACCUGGAUUGAAUGGGAUUCCCAGGACCAGCAUGUUAGACAUCGACUAUGGCGCCGAAGACUUCGAGAUUCCGACCAAGUUUACCAGCAUCUUUGAGGCACGAAACUAUCUCGAGCAUAUCCAAUACGUCGCAAUGCCUGUUCUCGGGAACUUUUCUGAAGAUUCCGCGACUAGAGAACUAUCUCCACAACAGGAGAAAUUGCGAAAGACAGCUGAAUCCCAGCUUCAAUCAUGGCACAGAGCUUUUGCACCAUUCAUCGAUCAUGAGAAGACUGAGUCUGAGUUUUCGAGAAACACUUCCAUAGCUAAAGCUAUGUCACUACGGUCACACGUUCUCGCGACUGAGAUAGCAGUACGGGAAAUAGAUAUUGCAAACUCGAUUAUAGGUGUCGAUGAAUUCGUGUCUAUGUGCUGGGAGAUAAUAGCAAUCUGUAGACUUACCAUCAAAGAUACGAGCUUCGUUAAAAAGUGGGUUUGGGACUGCGGUAUAAUUGCACAAUUGUUCAUCGUCAUUUCGAGCUGCGAUAUCAGAAACGUCCGUCAAGAGGCGGUUGAUAUUCUCAGAAAAGCAGGCCCAAGGAGAGAGUUUCUAUGGGAUGCUGCGGCUGUGGCCAAUUAUGGAGAUGUGCUACUCGGAAUUUAA